AUGAGCAGCUUCAGGACUGCCAUCCUUUUCUGCACAGUGGCAGCAUGGGCUAAAACAGACUUAUCUGUGGGGGAAACAGAUAAUGUUGGAUUUCAAAAAUGCAAGAAUGCCUUGAAACUACCGGUCCUGGAAGUCCUACCUGGAGGGGGCUGGGAUAAUCUGCGGAAUGUGGACAUGGGAUGGGUGAUGGACUUGACUUAUACCAACUGCAGGACCACAGAGGAUGGACAGUACAUCAUCCCUGAUGAAAUCUUCACCAUUCCCCAGAAACAGAGCAACCUGGAGAUGAACUCAGAAAUCCUGGAAUCCUGGAUGAAUUACCAGAGCAGCACCUCCUUCUCCAUCAACACAGAGCUCUCUUUUUCCAAAGUCAAUGGCAAAUUCUCCCCCGAGUUCCAAAGGAUGAAGACCCUUCAAGUGAAGGACCAAGCUAUAACGACCCGAGUGCAGGUGAGAAACCUUGUCUACACAGUCAAAAUCAACUCAGCUUCAAAACUGAGGUGGGGGUUUAGAAAGGAGAUCAUGGAUAUCUCUGACUGUCUAGAAAACAACCAGACGAGGAUGGCCACCUACCUGGCAGAGCUCCUGGUCCUCAAUUAUGGCACCCACGUCAUCACCAGUGUGGAUGCUGGAGCUGCUCUUAUUCAGGAGGACUACCUUAGAGCCUCCUUCCUCCAGAACAGCCAGAGUAGCCAUAGUGCCGUAACUGCAUCUGCUGGAGUUACCUUCCAAAACAUCGUGAACUUCAAAUUUGAGGAGAACUACACUUCACAGGAUGCCUUUAUAAAGAGCUACCUCUCAAACCGAACCAACUCCAGGAUGCAGAGCAUUGGCGGGGUUCCUUUUUACCCAGGAAUCACCCUCCAGGCCUGGCAGCAGGGCAUUGCCAACAACCUGGUGGCCGUGGACCGUGUUGGCCUGCCCCUGCACUUCUUCAUCAACCCCAACAUGCUGCCAGACUUGCCAGGCCCCUUGGUAAAGAAGGUGUCGAAGACAGUGGAAGCUGCUGUGAAACACUAUUACUCGUUCAACACCUACCCCGGGUGCACAGAUCUCAAUUCUCCCAACUUCAAUUUUCAGGCUAAUACUGACGAUGGCUCCUGUGAGGGGAAAAUGACCAACUUCUCCUUCGGUGGGGUUUAUCAGGAAUGCACCCAGCUCUCAGAGAAUAAGUUUGUCCUCCUCUGCCAAAACUUGGAGCAGAAAAAUCCACUCACUGGCAAUUUCUCCUGCCCCUCUGGCUACUCCCCGGUCCACCUGCAAUCCCAGAUCCACGAGGAGGGUUACAACCACCUGGAGUGUACACGGAACUGCAAAUUCUUCAUCUUCUGCAAGACAGUGUGCGAAGAUGUGUUCCGGGUGGCAAAGGCUGAAUUUAAGGCUUUUUGGUGUGUAGCCAGUGGCCAAGAACCUAAAUACUCAGGACUGCUUUUUGGUGGCCUCUUCAGCAGUAAGAGCAUAAACCCCUUGACAAAUGCUCAGUCUUGUCCAGCUGGCUACUUCCCACUGAAACUCUUUGAAAGCCUCAGAGUAUGUGCUUCUCUGGAUUAUGAGUUAGGAUACAAGUUUUCAGUCCCUUUUGGUGGGUUCUUCAGCUGCACAGCUGGGAACCCCUUGGCAGAUUCUGCCAUAUCCAGAGACAUAGGGGCACCUUCUCUGAAAAAAUGUCCUGGGGGCUUCAGCCAACACCUAGCCCUCAUCAGCGAUGGAUGUCAAGUGUCCUACUGUGUCAAGGCUGGGCUCUUUACAGGAGGAACCCUACCCCCUGCCAGGCUCCCGCCCUACACCCAGCCACCCCUCAUGAGCCAGGCUGCCACCAACACAGUCAUAGUGACCAAUACUGAGAAUGCAAGAUCCUGGAUCAAAGACUCCCAGACCCACCAGUGGAGGCUAGGAGAGCCGUCAGAGCUGCGCAGGGCCAUGAAGGUCGUCCGUGGGGACGGUGGUAGUCUGUCGGGAGGGGCAGCAGAUGGGGUCGCAGUGAGGGUCACCACUCUCCUGGCUGUGGUCAUCACCCUGGCCAUCUACGGCACCCGGAAGUACAAGAAGAAGGAAUACCAGUCAAUGGAAGAUGAGAGGCAGAGUUUGGCUCCAGGCAUGGCAGCAACUGGAGACACCUUUGACUGAGAGCAGGAGCAGAGUCCAGCUUAAUUAAAUCUUUCCCAGGAAAUGCUUUCUCUUAUCGCUGGCCAGAGCCUCAAGCAUGCCUUUCACUGCUUUCUUCUCCACUUCUGCCUUCCUAAGUACUGAAGUGACAAGUGCAACAAAAAGCAGGAGCUUGGGCUUAGAAUAGGCCUUUCGUCUAAGAAGCCUACCAGCCUGUGAGAAGAUGAGGAUGAAGACACUCAUUUACAACUGAGAUGCAGAGGAGUGAAUAACAGAAUCGGAACCUUGCUCUCCUGACUGCACAAGGGGGAACACUGAUUUCCACAACCUCUUCACUUAACCCUCCCUCUUAAGCAUUUAAAUGUUCUCCUAAACCUCUGUUUUGUGGGUUCUGGGUGUUUUCUAGGUUUCAGCCAAGCUAACCACUUUUCUGCAAAUACCGACUUUCCUGUGAAUUCUUUGAAGACUACUGAGUCAGAAAGGCAAAGUAUAGCCAAAGGCUCUCAGACUUUUAAUGCACUAAUUUCUCAUUAAAAUGAAAAGCUCUUCACAAAUUUCUAUUUCCACUAACAACAUCGCACAUAAUUAUGCAUUAAAAUACAUAUCAAGGAA